UAUUUCAUGUCAUGCAUUUUGGACUUCCAAGUUCCUUGUUUAGUUUUACGUCAGUCUGUUCUGACACUUUACUGAUAGGGCACCAGCUCUUAUGCCAGAAAGGAUUCCAACAAGUUGUGGGUGUCCCACAUAGACGUCUACACUGUUCCGUACAUUACUAAGUAACACUGGAGCAGGGACAUACUGAACACUGGAUCCAUCCGUACUAAACAGCAACAACAUUAUUUUCCCACAAUGCAUUGAUAGUGCGCGUGUGCUUGCGUCUGUGUAGCUCUCCCACAUUUUUUUGCCUUAUUUGCAAUUUGUUUCUAAGAGCUAACAACUUUAAGCAACUUAAGAACUUGAAGAUGCCUGAUCUGGAAACAUGUUUAGAAAUGUAUUUAUUACACACUGACAGAUGUUAAAUGUCAACUUCAUGCCAAUUCGAAGGUCUGGAUCUGAGGGUUGCCUGGUGGACUGUGACUUUAUUCCUUGGAAUCGGACUGCUUCCCAGAAAAGGACACCUUCUGAUAGUUCUGAUUAUGCAAUGGAGGAGCAGGAAGUCUAUUCACGGUCAAAGCAGGCAGACACUACUGCAUGCAGUGGUGAGAUGAGGACUAUAAAUAUUAUCAUCCCUGAGGUUCGGAUUGACAAGGAGUUUAGCUUUAGUGCUGAUAUGCUUCCAAAUGUUGGUGGCGAGGGCUGCGGAGACUCAACUCUUAGCAAAAGUAAUGAGAACCUAAUGGAUUCACAGAAGGGGAAGUCAUACCGUUUAGGGGUUGAUGAAUGUGCAGUAUGGCGGGCAAUGAGUGACAGCAAUCUGGCCCGAGAAGGGCAGACACAAGACUUUCUAACAGCAGGGAAACUAACAAAGGAAAAGGCUGAAAGUGACUGGAAUUUACAGUCUCCCGAUUCCCUAAAGAGGGCUCAUUCUGCUAGCAAAAUAGCUUCUGCCACACACCACCUGCUUUCUAUCUUUAAGGUAUCCACAAAGCACCUAUCAGCAAGCUUGGAAUCAGAUAUAGGACUGCAGUGCUCAGAAGAGGGGCUUCAACAGCAUAAUAAAAAACAGGUAAAGGACAAAAAAAGCCGUCUGGCAUUUCUCAAGCGGUGGAAUGAUUCCAAUCAUGCAAACAGCGAUGAUAAAUCUUUGAGGCCACAUCCUGAGGAAGUAUUAAAAUGGAGUGAAUGUUUUGACCGACUUUUAGAACACAGAUAUGGUUUAGCUGCAUUCAAAGCAUUUCUUGAGACAGAGUUUAGUGAUGAGAAUCUUGAAUUUUGGCUUGCUUGUGAAGAGUACAAGAACAGUAAACCUGGUAUGAAUCUACUAGAAGAAGCUUGUAAGAUUUAUAAUAAGUUUGUCGCCAUACAGUCUCCUCGAGAAAUAAACUUGGACUCCCGCACAAGAGAAAUCACAUCAAGCAACAUGUCAUCACCCACCCACACCUGCUUUGAUCUGGCACAGAAACGCAUCUAUGGGCUGAUGGAGAAGGAUUCUUACCCUCGCUUUCUCCGAUCUGAACUUUAUCAGGAGCUUCUCCAUCCAAAGCAACCAAAUGGGGCAGCAUAAAGAGGAUAGAAAGAAGAUUUCACCAGGAAUCUGAACUUUUUUGUAAAACACUCCAAAUAUAUGUUCAAUUUAGCAGCCAGUAAACAGUGAAAUAUCUUAAAGCUAGAUGUGGAAGUAGAAGUGUGGUGAAUGUAUGAUACUUUGAUAGGGACAUGGUUACAGGGUGACUUUUAUCCAUAGCAGCCAUGCUGACAUUUCCACAUCUGUGUGUAUGUGUUUGCAUAUAUUAGAAAAUAUGAUUUACUAUGACAUCUAAGUCAGUGAAAGCAAGCCAGUAGAUGAUGACUUGAACUGAUAAUGUGGUGUCUGAUCUGAAUCAUUGUUCUGGUAAUAUGUUUGAAAUAUUAAGACAAAUUUGCCAGGACCCAGUUGUAGCACCUUAAUUACGGGUAUGUGGAAUGUCCACAUAAGGUGAACAAGAAUGCCAUCCUGUGUAUUAUUAUUUAUAUAUGUUGGCAGAAAACAAAAUGUAAUUUAUUUGGCUGCAGAUGGUCACUGGACUGAGUAUUGAUUAUAUAGGUGCACAGUCUCAGAAUUAUUCAUUUUGACUUUCUGCUCUAGAAACCUUCUUUUGAACUAUUCUUUAAUUGGAAUACACCAUUCGUGCGCAUUAAAGGAUAUCACUGCAUUUCUCAGGGGAUUAUGGACACUUGGAUUUUGGCCAUGAGCUUUACUUGGUACAGAAGGAUCUAGUACAGUAAUUUUAAUGCAUGCCACGUUGAGGUUUAGACAUAUAACAUCUAAUAUGAUUCUGAGUAUAUAUUUCAUAUUAACUAAGAAUACUGUUUGUAUUCAUGGAAAUCAUAUGUUUGAGUGCAUUUAGCCUAUCUAAAAAACAUCACAACAUUUUUGUAAGUGAAGUAGCAUAAUCUCAAAAGCUGUAUUUUUAUUGCAUGACACAGCUUGCUUAGAUAUCCCGAAAGCCGAAAGUAAAUGAAGCAGUCCGGUCAGUGUGCUUACAACCUGGAAUGCUGCCUGAGAUUGACUAGGCAUUUGGCAGUGUCACUAAACAUUUAAGUAAGUUUGUGGCAGUCCUGGUGGCUAAAUGGUGGAUAUCCAUCACUGCAAUGCCACUCCAUGAAGCCAUAAGUAAUAAGAAACCCAAAGCAGUCAGCCUGAUGCCCCUUGCAGCUGUACUUAAAAGAAAUAAUCUGUGGAGGACAGUUUGCUAUAAUUAUGGAAUGGCAUUGUGGUACAGAGGCCUUUGUAUAUAAAACUUCUUGCUUUAUUUGAUCAAGUUUCGCGACUGCCACAGAUAACUUUGUCAGUGCAUUUGGCCUUGACUUCAGUGGAUGGUGGGUACAUAUUAGAACCUAAUAACUGGUAAAAGGCUGUAUGAUAUUCACAAUAGUUAAUUAAAUAUAAGCCAGGUAGAGUGGAAAUUUCAUCUUAUGCAAGACUUGUACAUCACUGAUCGGCUGUUAAAUAUUAACUUCAGGACUAUCAAAUGUUGCUAUAAGGCUGCGUUUGGAACCCUUCUGCUUCAGUAUUUUAUGAGUGAUAUAGGACAUCAAACUUAGAGCUGUUUGCAUCUUAAGAGAUUACAAAAUGGUUGCUAAAGUAGUGGUAAUUAAAUCUUUGUGUGACCUUGUACUUGGGAUGUAAGAGUAUCCAAACCAAAGGGUGAAAAGGUCACACAGAGAAACCAUUCAACAAAAUUGCAAGAAAAUCUAACCAUGCUAGAGUUUUCACUGUGAGAUACCAUAUCCAUAAAGGCUUGGUAAAGACUUAAAAAGUAAAACAUCAUGGGCAUUCAGAAGCCAUAUAGCUGAAACAUGAUGUCCUUAAGGCAUAAUUUGCAUAUAUCUAAUGGGCCUGCAUUACAGUAGGUUUAAAGUGUCAUACAGUGAAAACUCUAAUUUGGCUGGGUUUUUUCUUGCAGUUUUUACUGAGCUAGAAAAGUACAUACAUGGAAUAAGAAACUUUUCUGGACUGCAGUAAAUGUUUUGUUCCAAGGAAGUGGAACAUCUGGAAAUGUGAGUGCACGGUAGGAUCUCCAGAAUAAACAGCUGCUGAAGUGUAAAGGAAUCAGUGAGUAAAUGAAGGAGUUGUCUUUUUGAGUGAAAAGUUCCCAGUCAAAGGUCUUGUACUGGGAAUGCUGAUAAUAUAUUAAUAUUGUAUCAAAGCAGAUAGGGAAGAAUGUGGUGAUAAAAAGAAUUUUACUAAUCCAAAAUUAAAUAGCUUGUUACGGCCACUUUAUGAAUCAGUUUGUAUCUGUUUUGCUAGGAGAGAUGAUUUCUUCAUAGAUGAAAGGCUAAUCAAACCGGUAGGGAUAAAAGUGGAAAAGAUAUGGAUGAAGCCGGAAUAGGUAUCAAGGAGGGUGGGAGAUAGGCUGCAGUCGAUGUUCCUGUGUAGCACUGCAGUAUGAGAAGGCAUGAUGUAUCACAUAUCUACAGUUGCUUCUUUGUAUGACUAUAUUACUUUUUCCAGUGAUGCACAGCUGAGGUAUUGGAAUGUAUCAGACAAUGAUAAUACAGACGGAUUGAUAUUUGGUAUUGUCAGAAAGCAAGAAUUCACAUGCAAGCAGCACAAAAAACAAUUAAAAAAAUUAACUCACAGAAAGCAGUCCAUUUGAGAAUGUGGGCAGACCAAAAUAGUCAUACUCUGGAGACCAGUGCGAAUUUAAUGACACAGCUGAAUGUUACAUGUUCUUCUGAGGAAUUGAGUGUGUGGACUAAGGACUUUGAGUAAGCAAGGACACACAGUUUUACAGAAUGUAGAAGGAAACAGAUUCAAGCUGCAAGUUCAGAAAUGUAUUUAUUUGCCUAUUUAUUUAUUUUAACCACAGACCACUUUUGAAUAAAACAAAAUGCACAGAGAAGCCGUUAAGAUCAUGAGGCCAUGACUUAAAUGGAUGUUAAACAUAUAUGGUUAGUAUAAUGUAAGGAUAAGUGAUUUAAUAAAGUCUUAAUCAAAAAAAAAAGGAAGGGGAGAAGGUACUCAAGCAAAAAGAUUACCAUCCACUUCCUUCAUCAGCAUCAUUCCAGUGCAAAGCCAAGUCUGAAACCAAACAGGAACACUGACGGAUUACCGAACUUCAGUAUCCUUUACUCACAUAUGCACUUUAGGCAUUCAUGCUUGCCAUAAAAUUCAUCAGUUUUCUGCUUAGUAUACCUUAAAGCAUACUACCUGUAGCCUUGUUCCAGGUAAUAAAUGUACCAGACCAUGUUUAUGUGUACUUUAUAAUUAAUACAGGGUUUAUGGUUUAAUGCACAGUGUGCUAUGUACAGCUACUCUUUUUAAAUUCUGUAAAUAAGUCACUGUUGAGCACAACUGUGACUGCAGCAGUGUCUUCUUAGCAUUACACGUGAACAUGGUAGCUAGAAGUCAAAUGUAAUUUCUUUAGAACAUUUCAUAAGAAUCAAGUUGCAAUGCAGUUUUAAAAUAGUACAUAAAAUGUGAGCAUAAUUGCUGUAGGCACAAUAAUAUAUAUUUCAUCAUGCACUGCAUUGCAGAAAGCACACAAUUAAUAAUGCCAGCCAUUUGGCAUAAUUUUGCAUAAAAACAAAUAUGUAAAACAAUACAAAUAUCAACCAUCUGUGGAAUGCAGUGCACAGUGUGUCCAAAACAUUUAUAUGUGACUUGCCAAUAAAAUUUAAAUUAUAAAUACUAUCUUAUUAUAAUGUGGCAGUUUAGUCCAUUAAAAGAUUUCAUAUUUUAUCCAGGUAAGUGUAAAUUUCACUGCUGUGCUAACACUCAAAUUUAAACUGCUUUUUUCAUACUUUGUCACAUGGAUGCAUAUAAACAUAUUUAAAUGUAUUCAUUGUGUUUUCCAUCCAGAUAAUUAGAGCAGGCUUUAAAUAAUCUGUGUUUAUUUUAGACGAUAACAGAGCCAUAAACCAUUAAUAAUAUGACUGAGCAUGUUUUUAAGAUUGUUGUUUUUAUGUAAUCUAUCUUGCGUAUACCGAAGACUAUUCUCAUAAAGGGUAGUAACCCAGUUAAGGAAAUGCCUGACUUGCAUUAGCAAGCAGCAUUCUAAAACUUCCAAAAAUUAACAAAUGCAUAUUAUACCAGCAAUGAAUAUUGUGUUAUUGUACUGUAUAAAACCACUUCAAAGUGUCAAAAUGCUUUUGCUCAACUGUAGCAUGAAAUGGUCACCAAUGAAUGUAUGAUUUAAUCCUAUUAUCUGUUUUACAGCGUGAGAAGUAAUUUUAAUGAAAAAGUAAAUAUUUCCAGAUGGAAGAAGCAAGUUUAUAAUGGCAAGAAAAAUAGAUCUAUAAUGACAUAAAACACUAGUACAAAUGUAACAGUUUGUUGUAUACCCAGUCUUAAGAGGUUACCUGUCAUUCUCAUGUAUCCCCCACUUGAGUGUUAAAAAUGUUUCAACUCUCUAGUGACCUAGCUUCUGAAGAGCUUGAUGAUAAUAUGAAAGUGUGUUACACCUCUGAAAAAUCUGUUUCAGUUAUAUACUUUGCACACACAAACACACACACACACUGUUAUGUUCACUUGAACUGUAUAUAAUGUAUCGUAGAUCACAAUAUGGACUUCUAUAUGUUUGUAUAUAUUCUAUGCACAUGUGUAAAUAUACUGUAUGUGAUAUGUAUAUAUGGAAAUGAAGUACAUCAAUAUAUUAAGAAUCAAUAAUGCUUCCAAUGAACUGUUCCUCUCCAUCUCCAGUGAAUGAGAAUUCUUUUCUAAUAUGUGCCAUAUUACUAAAGCUGUGCAAAGUCGCCAUUUUUCUCCACAUGUGCCAGAUGUUGACAUAUAUGGUAACCAUCUCAGCAGAGCUAAAGUUAUGCAAUAUUUCAAGGUAGAAUUUUGGGUUGUGUAAAAAAAUCAGAUGACUAUUAAAAUGUAAAAUCUUAAAUAAAAAUGUCACUAUCUUAAAAAUUAAAA